AACUCCAACCUGAUGGAGGAAAAUUUUAUUGCUUCUGCUGGACACAAGUGGACUAGCCAAUUAGUCAUCAAUUAGUGGAAGUGAGAAUUUGAUAAUUUGGGGAUAAGCGUUCAACCAGGGCGUCAGAUAGGUUGAAAGCGCUUCAAUAAGUGCGCGGCAAUGAAAAGAAGCUACAUUGGAGUUGGUUGGAUGUCUAGUUCAAUGCUGAAACUGCUGUGGAUUACGCUGAUAUGGAUUACGCCGGGGAUACAAGGAUUGCCCAAAGUUUUCCGAACCAACGAGAUAUGUGGAGUUUACAAUGGACAUCGAGUCUAUUUGGAGCUGGGAGAUCGUGGGCAGCUCCAGGCUACCAAUGUAACAUUUGAAAGAUCUCUGAAUCAAACGUCACCGUCCGUCUGCUCCCUAGAAUUGGUGACCUGCCCUUCGUGUAACUUCAAAAUCUCAUUAAGCUACAGCAACUUCCCCACGAAGUGUGCCGUUCACAAUGAGCUACCGUGUCGAUGCGAUUACCUAGAAUUUUCCGAGCCGCCUUUCGACGUGGAGCAAUCUGGUCGACGCAACUGCGGCCAUGACGUAGUCUACCAAACGCAAACCCGCUCGGUGUUGAUCAGAUUCAUCUACUGGAGCAACCAUUCGCAUGCGUUCACUUUGGACUACGUGGCGGAAAGGAAUCGCGAGACGCUGCAGGUGAACCCCGGUGCGAUGCAUAACCUGACGGGAGGGGCCCACACCAAGAUAAUAACGACCCCGUACUUUCCCUCGUAUUAUCCGCGGGACUUUGGCAAGGAGUACGUGUUGAACUGCAAUGUGGAGGCUUGUCGGGUGAAUGUGAUCUUCAGCGAUUUUCUGCUGGCCAAGACGUCGACGAUGGAGUUCUACGAUUGGAAUGGGCAGAGGUUGCAUGCAAUUUCUGGAGCGAGUUUUCGACCUCCGGUGAUUCAGAGUACGGGGCCUUCGAUGAUCAUCAGGUUCUAUGCAAAUGGGGGAUCUGGUUUGGGGUAUAGAGCGAGAGUUUCGUUUUUGACGGUUGAUAGUGCAGCGAAUCCGUUGAUGCUACCGGAUACGAACUGUGGUGGAGUGGUUGAAAAUGUAGGAGGAGCCAUUACCAUGAUGAAGAUGGUACAGAAUAUGGAUGAGGGUCGAAUAUUCGACUGUAUUUGGUUGAUAAAGCCUCCGAAUACGUACGCUCAUUUGAAGACUCACUUGUCGUUGCGGAUCGACACGUUCGAGAAGAUGGGACCAAAUUCAUUGUUGACGGUGGUUCAGGGUACGAGCUCCGAUGGCGGAAUCUUGGAUGUUAUAAGGCCCAAUGCUGGAAGUCAGGGGAAAGGUUAUGUUACGCCAUUGACUUCGGGAUUUUAUGUGCAUUUGCGUGCUACGUUUAUAAUACAGUCUAGAAUGGCAUUGGUAUACUCAGCUUUUAGUUAUCUAGAUUGCUACAUGGGAUCGGAAUUUUUGUGUCAGAACAGAAAGUGUAUUCCAAUUCAGCUGCAUUGUGAUGGAUUUGAUCAUUGCGGAGAUGGCAGUGACGAACCGUCGAGUUGUGAAGCCCAAUGGGAAACGGAGCGCAUUGAUCGCCGAUGGUACUCUCACACACCGAAUUAUUACUUUCCAAAGAUGGAUCGCUAUCCGGAUCUUCGGACGGCGACUCUCAUAUUCAUUGCAAGUGCUUUUGGACUGGUGAUGUUGAUUUCGGUGUUCAUCAUCCUGUUGUAUCGUACCGGAAAUCGUGCUAGGCAGCAACGCGAGCUGCAGAGUCAGCUGCAGACCAUCAGUGAGCUGUUAGAUAGCAACAGUCCACGUGGACCCGAAGAUGUGGACGAACCACCGAUGUAUGAAGCUCCGCCAGAUUAUGACGAAAUAAUUAAGGUUGGAAUGGAUGAUGACAUCAAGAGGAAGCGCAGGCGCCAUUCGUCUUCCGCUUCCGGGCGACGAAGCCGUAUGAGACGAUCCCGACGUCCGAGUAAUGUGUCGGAGAGUAACAAUCCGAUAUUGGAGGUACGUUUGCCUCCGGAGAUGGAUAAUGAAAGGCCUUCGACAAGUGCGACGCACUUGCAAGUUCCGUAUGGGUUAGAUGGAGGUCACCAUGCUUCCGAUUAUGAGGACGACGAUCUGCAUGAGCAACGUUGGGAUCAAUCGGAACCAGAUUUCUUCAUGUCAUCGCGUAUUGUCGAAGCUUCAACGUCGGCUUCGACGAGCCAGAGUCACAGCGUUGGCUGCCAAACAACAUCAGGGUCAGCUCCAUCCGGCAACUCGUCGAGCCCUCCACCGACGUACGAUGAUUCGCAGUUCUUCCGCCAUAAUGGGAUCCACGACAACCAGGCCGCAUCAAAUUCGGCGUCAGAUUCAGACAACUUCUCACGUGGCUUUGCAGAGGAACCUCCUAAUGUCACGCUAUCUCUGAACGAAACACCACAGCAAUCUACCGAGCGACUAGCUACCACAUCAGUAUUAACACCAAUUGGAACCACAUGCAGUACUUCAUCAACUUCAAUACCAAAACCUCAACACAUAUGGAGUCAAACUACUCGCAUUCAGCGCCCUUGGUUGGCAUUCAGCGGAGAAGAUGGCAACACUGCUAGCUGUGUGCCGACCAUAAACACCCCUCCAAAUGACUUCAGCAGUCAGCAAAUGUUCAGAUCUACAGACACAACCCAAAUGAAAGAGAUGGAUGCUUACUUGCUAGCUUACGGAUCCAUUUCCAACGAAGAUCUGGGAUCUUCUGGAGCAGCCAGCAGUACUACUGAAAGAACCGCCUGCUCCCACCUACCAUCGACCUGCUCAUUCGCGAGAAACUCCUGCACUUGUUCGUCGAUUGGUUCCAACGCCCGUAGCUUGGCGUCCAACAACUAUGACUAUAUUGCCCAGAACUGUCCCUGUUGCAGGGAAUCCCAGAUUUUUCGCAGCUCUUUGUGCCCGAAGUGCAAACCUCCGCCGCUGGCUCCCACGCUUCCGGCGAAUCUCUGCUCCUCAUGCGGAGGAAAGAUCUCCCUUCAGGAAAGCCCGAACUCCGACGGCGGUGGAUCAUCGCAACCGUCCGCUUCGGCAACAGCAGCCCUACCGGGUACAGCCGUUCGGUUGUGCAACUGUUUCCCGAAGUUCCCUUCGCAGCCCAGCAUGGUGACACGGAGCGGUUCCGCCAAUGUGAUAAACCCCAGCCCGGCGGUAGCGGUUCGACCGAUGUCCGUGGAUCAGAUUGAAGCGAGCGGUGCACGGCGCAGUGUUGCCAGUUUGACGAGUAACUUUGAGGCGUUCUUCAAUUCGCACCUUGGCAUCCCGGGUGCUUCAAUGAGAUCUUGAUCGGUAGAUAGUGUGUAGAUGUUAUGUUGUUUUGAAGUGAGGUAUUUCGGAUCUAUUGAAUAAAUUGGGACUAAUUGGUUUCAUCAAGAAUGA